AGUCUGAAUCCAGCCGGCGACCCUUCCACAUAGCAGCAGCACACUACAACACUCGGGCCAGGCACGCACGCUCCAGCCAUGGCGCAGCUCAUCAACGUCAAGCUCUCCCGCUUCGACUCCCAGCCCUGGGGCUUCCGUCUGCAGGGCGGCAAGGACUUCGGCAUGCCGCUCGUCAUCCAAAAGGUUAAUGGCGGCAGCUUGGCUGAGAAGGCGGGUCUACAGGCUGGUGACGCUCUCAUCCGCGUCAAUGACGUCGAGCUGUUCAAUCUACGCCACAAGGAGGCGCAGGACGCUAUUGUCCGCGCUGGCAACUCCUUUGAGCUCGCCGUGCAGAGGGGCGGCAGCACCUGGAAACCCACAGUGACACCAGUGGGACCAACACCUCCUGUAGGAGCUCACCCUGGGCCCGUCACCAAGACAUCACUUGCUGCCCGCCCCGCAGCUCCCGCCACACGCAUUGGCAGUGCACACAAUGUUUCUGCAAGGCCUUUUGCUCCUCAGAUCAAUGGUGCGCUGGGUUCAGAUACUGUGAAAUCUAUAGUGAACAAGCAGUAUAAUUCACCAGUUGGAAUGUAUAGUGAAGAAACCAUAGCUGAGACACUCUCAGCUCAGGCUGAGGUUCUUGCAGGUGGAGUCCUUGGAGUCAAUUUCAAGAAGAAUGAGAAGAACUAUAAUGCAGAAAAAAGUGAGGUAUUUAAAAUGGUCCAGGAAAUUGACAAGGAACCAAGGGAGCCAGAACCAGUGGUUCCGUCAGGGCCUUCGUAUUUCUCGCGUGCCAGCCAUGCAGUGGGAGGUAGGGCUACAUCUCCCCGCCCGCUCACACCCCUGGCCCAGCAGCUGCCACCCCCAGGCUCUGUCCCGAGUGCCCCAUUUGGUGCCACCAGCGCCACGGCCCCCACCACUACUGCUGGUGCGUCUGAAGGUGUUCCCACCUGUGGUGACUGUGGGAGGCCAAUUGUAGGUGUCUUUGUGCGCAUAAAGGACAAGAAUUUGCAUGCAGAAUGUUUCAAAUGUGCAACAUGUGGCACAUCACUGAAGAACGUUGGGUACUACAACAUCAACAACAAACUGUACUGUGAUAUUCAUGCCAAACUGGUCGCACGUCAGAAUCCACCAGCACCCAACCUGGAACCUGUUACCAUUCCACCGGGCAGUCGAAUUCCGAGCAGCACCAUAUCUUCAGCAUUGGCCUCGGCUGCUGUCAGGCCAUCUCCGUUGUCUGCCCCGGCCCCUGUUGCCCCACCUGUCAGCCGGCCAGUACCAUCUGCUGCUCCACUGAGCCCGAGCUCCCCACAGCCUGGUACCCUUGGGCCAAUGCCUUUCCAUCAAGUGGAUCAGCAUAGUGUAGCUGACGAUAAAAAAGUUUUGGAGAAUAACCUGAAGAAUGUGACAGAGGCAUUUCCAGCUCUCAGUAUCGAUGCCACUGAUGACAAAGGAAUCCAACGUCCUACAGAUAGUAUGAAGGCCCCAAGCUCUCUGGCAGGUCCAAAGCCGUUUGGCAGUGUUUCUUCAUCAACCACUGCUCGACCUGCACCUGACAAUAGUAAAUUUUCUUGGCCCCCUAAACAAGGGGAUCAGUAUGCCUCAUCAGUCCCUACGGCUACUCCAUUGUACAUACCUCCUCCACAUUUGCAAAACACUCCUAGACCUGAUAAAUCAGAUAGCAAGAGCACAUUACCACAAUUGUCCCAGAACAACACACCAGAAACAAUUUCACAAGCUCCUGCUGUGAAUGUCACCUGUCCUGAGGGCACUUCAGCUGUUGCAAGUGAACAGCAUUCUGGAGCUUUCCCACAACCUUACAGUGAGUUUUUACAAACACAGUGGAAUGCAGUUUCCUCUGAAGAUGCCCUUAAGCAGGAAACUCAGUCACCUUCUUAUGAACAAUACGAAACAACUUCACAAGCUCCUGCCAUGAAUGUCACCUGUCCUGAGGACAUAUCAGCUGUUGAAAGUGAGCAACAGUCUGAAACAACCACAGCUUUCCCUCAAACUUAUAGUGACUUUUUGCAAACUCAAUGGAAUGCAGUUUCUGUAGAUUCCAUUGAGCAGGAAACCCAGUUGCCUGUGUAUGAACAACAUGAGUCACAAGUUGAAUGUGACACUGUAUCAGAGCAGAAAGAUGAAAAAUAUAGUGCUCCACAAGAGAAGAUGGAGAGUGCCCCACAAGAUAAGGUGGAGAGUGCUCCAUCAGAUAAAUUGGAGAGGGCUCCACAAAAUAAAGAAUCAACGUUUGAAUAUAGUUCUGAUUCCAGUCUGAAUAUUUCACAGGAAGUGAGUCAAGAACAGCAAAGGAUAGAGCAUUCUGACAGCACAAAACAUACCCAACAAAAAGAAAGUAUUUCCGAGGUUAAUAACAUAGGCAGCACAGAGUCUCCACAACUGGUAUUAGAGGCAACUGAGCAACGAUCAGAAGAGUCUUCAGCUGCACUUACAAAGACCAUUAGGACAGUAAAGGUUUCAGAGGAAUUUUCACAUGAAAGAAAGGAAAUAGAAAUCUUAAAGGCAACGAGUGGUGGGAUAGUCACUGAAACUGUGAAGACUGGUGCCACCGAGACAAACAUAAAGCAUGAGUCUCAGCAGAAAAGCACUGAACUAUCACAGCAAGGGGUCCAGAAUUUGUCUGGGAUUAUUCCUCCCAGAGAAACAACUCAGAGCACACUAAAAUCUAAACAGAUAUCUGAAUAUACUGAGUCAGAUAACUAUACUAUAAAAUGUGAAAUGCAGAACAGUGGUGAAGGGCACCAAGAUCAUGUUAAGGGUAAAGAACAAACUUUAAAUAACAUUACAAAUCAAGUAGACAGUCACGAAAGAAUCAGUUGCCAAGAAUUGCAAGAAAUGAAAGAUUAUUUUGCAUCUGAUGCUGGCCAAAUGUCAAAAUGGGCUACUACAGCUAAUGCUUCAGCUUUUCAAGAACAGUUAGCAGAACGUCCUAGGUCACCCCCACCACCCCCACGUAGUUCACCCAUAGAUCCGCAAUUGCAGUCACUACCACAUUCAAAAAAGAGAAUUUCUAUGCUUGAGGCACUCACAAUAGCCCCAGAAAAACCAUAUUCACAACUGUCAGUUGAUACAACGGGAAACAUACCAAGCAGUGCAUUACCAGGACUAGCUAACAUGCUUCUGAAUCCCGAACAGAGCAAUAGCAAGAUGGUGAAACCUCAGCACCCUAAGGCUCAGGUGAAGAGGCAACAGCAAGAAACCCAGAAAAAAAUAGAAUAUACUGCUCCAACUCAACAGCAACAUACACAAACGUCCCAAGAAAAAGAAAAAAGAUUUUCAGCCAGAACAGGGCUUUGCCCUGCUUCAGUAGUACCACAGUACCAACAGGAUCUAGAACGGUUUCAAAUACAACGAGCUCUUUCCCCUGCUCCACACUACAGGGUCCCUGGAUCAAGGAGCCCAAGUCCAGCACCUGUCACUGAUCCUGAAGCAGUCAGACAUGCUUACAGAUUUGGUGCACCACUCGAGCCCAGAGGAUUACACAAGAGUGCUAAAGAUUCAGAAACUGUUUCAGCAUUAACUGCACAACAGGCACCAGAGCACAAGCAAGUUCCUCAGCAAAAUAUUCAGCAAGCAGUUCAUACAACAGCAGCACAGUCAUCACACUUCGAAAGAAAUAAGCAAAUAAAGCAUACAUCUUUGACACAGCACCCAUCUAAACAAACUUCUCAAGAAAAAGCAAAGAAACAACCAGUGAGAGCAUCAUCAGGGCUUCGUGGGGCUUCAACAUUACCAUAUUACCAGCGAGAUUUAGAACGGUAUCAAGUGCAACGUGCACUUUCCCCUGCUCCUCACUUUAGGGUCCCUGGCUCAAGGAGUCCAAGCCCAGCACCUGCGAUUGAUCCAGAAUCAUUCAAACACGCAUAUAGAUUUGGUGGUGAAGUUGAGCCCCGAGGAAUGCACAGGAGUCAUGCAGAGACUGAAACAAUUACAGCAACAACCACACAACAGAUAUCAACAGAAAAGCAAAUUUCUCAGCACACUACCAAUAUUAAAACACCACAGUUAUUACAAACAGAUAAAAAAUUACCUCAGUUAGCUCCAAAAAAUAUUUCCAAAUUGCCACAAAAUCAGGAUAAAAAAACAUUUAAUGAAAAUCAGCUGAUCCAAAACCGGAAACAAGUUUCCUUCAGCCCUCACGUUAAGGUGGCUACUCCAUUCCAGCAGGCUGGAUUUCAGACUCAGACAAGUUUGCCUUUCCCUCAUAUUCCCCUCCCAGGUGAUCAGGCCACCAUGUGUCCACCCCAGAAUGUUCCCGUUCCAAAUAGUCCUCUGUCACAAGAGCCCCAUUUUCAGCCUCCCAGUGCAUUAAUCACAAGUAUCCCACCCAUCUCCGCUCCACCACUCCAAGAUCCAAAGAAGCCAAGCUGUACAGCAGCGCCGCCUGCAGGUGGUGGUGGUGGUGUUGGUGGUGGAAAGGCAUCAGGAACUGUGGCUGGCUCCACGACUCCCCGUCGUGGUCGUGGCAUCCUCAACCAGCCUGGUGGUCGCAUCCCACUUUGCGGCAGCUGUAAUUCGCAAAUCAGAGGACCAUUCAUCACAGCUUUGGGCAAGAUAUGGUGUCCUGAACACUUCAUCUGUGUCAAUGGACAGUGCCGCCGACCACUGCAAGACAUUGGAUUUGUAGAGGAAAAGGGAGAGCUGUACUGUGAAUUCUGUUUUGAGAAAUAUAUUGCACCAACAUGUGAUAAGUGCAAUACCAAAAUAAAGGGAGACUGCUUGAACGCCAUUGGAAAGCAUUUCCAUCCAGAGUGCUUCUUGUGUGCUUACUGUGGCAAGUUGUUUGGUAACAGCCCCUUCUUCCUUGAAGAUGGACUUCCAUACUGUGAGGCAGAUUGGAAUGAACUGUUCACAACAAAAUGUUUUGCUUGUGGAUUCCCCAUUGAAGCUGGAGACCGCUGGGUCGAGGCAUUGAACAACAAUUACCACAGCCAAUGCUUUAACUGCACCAACUGUAAGAAGAACUUGGAGGGAGAGAGCUUCUAUGCCAAAGGAGGGCGUCCAUUCUGCAAAGCACAUGCUCGUUAACUAGCCAUUAAGUUCCAGAUAAACAUGUAUAACAUUGUUCAGCGUGUGUGUAAAGCAGUUAUCAGUCAUAUGUCAAUAUGAGAGAGGUUUUUGCAUAAAAUAUGCCAACAUUUUUUUUAGUUUCAGUGAUUAUUUGCACAACAUACAUUUGUAUCUUUAGUUUGAUCCGAAACUCAUAUUUACAAGACACCUUUCUAGAUCAUUCUGUAAAGUACACACUAUUCCUACUCGAGAAACUAUUGUUCAGUGUAUGAGGUCAUUCAUGUUGAUUGUUUUAUGCAGUAUGACAAAGAAAGGUGGAGAAGUAUGCUAGAGAUUCUGUUCCAGUGUCAGGUAUCAUUGUAUGGUGCAAAAAGAAACUGUUACAUAAAAAAAGGAAUGGUGCUGUUGUCACAUUACAUAUGUUCCUACAGCACUUUUACCUAAAGUGCAAAUGUUGGAUAUUAAUUGUGUGUAAUCAAUAACACUAGUUCACUGAAUGCUUGUAAAUGGAUAAAAUUAAUAUGUUAAGUUCUACACUUUAUCUUGCUUAUCUGAUUGUUUCUAUUUUCUUCUUCUUAUUCUUCUUCUCUUUUCCUUAUUUACGUACUUACUUAAAACAUUACACACACGUAAAUAUGACAAACUGCAAUCUCUUGAAUACUUUUUCUUGUACACAGAUUUUUCUCAUAUGACAGAGUUGUAUCUUGUGCAUUUGUCUGUAAUUAUUCAUCAUUUAAAGUUUUAAUAUAUUCACAAGGCAUCAGAUGUUACUUUUUGUACACAUAUUUUGUGAGAGAUAUGGGCAUUGCUCUUCUAAAGUAUGAGACAUCUGUGUGCGGUGCUGACUGUCAGGUGUAAAUAAUAAUAAAUAGUUACCUGGUAGAUUAUAGAUGCAUUUAAAUUAAUACCAGAACAUUCAUUACUCUUCUUGUUUUGUUGAGAACUAUGGUCCAUGCCAGUAAGAUGCUGUAAUUACUUUUAUCAUUACCGAAACACUAACAUUUCAUUGUGAGGUAAUCAAAAUUGUAAUAAAAUCCCCUGUGUCUUAGUAAUUCUCAUAUCAAAUAAACCGUGAAUUCUAAGUUGCCAAAAUAAGUUUACAUGAUAAAACAUAAAAUUUUUUGCAACAAUAAAUUAUGUUUUCAUCAUGUAGCAUCUGAUCAGACACACAAUUCCAGGAGGAAUGUUUGUGUCUUUUUAGAAUAAUAGUCUACUCCUACAAUUAAGGUCUUUUGUAUGUGAUAUCCUGCAUGUGAAUAUGUUUUGUUGCAGAUUUUAUUUAUGUUAGCAUUCAACAAAUGCUGUCCAAAGAGAAAAUACAGAAUAUAAGUAAAAAUA